AUGGCGAAAUUCAUUUGUUUCAUGUUAAUGGGCACAGCCCUCUCGUUCAAAGGGCGCCCUCUAUAUGUAAAUCUUUCCUUAAUGAUUCACGAGUUAAAAAUUUUCGAAAAUAAAUAUUUGUUGGGGGGGUUGUUGACCCAGCGAUGGGUCGAUUCCCGUCUGGGGGCCAACCCUAAAACCCAUAAAAUGGCAAUUAAUGGCCAAAUUUGGAGCCCUAAAAUCGUAAAUGUGGUCGGGGAGAGGGGGAAAAGUGAUGAGGAUACAAUUUUUUGGAGGGGUUUUGAGGGACGUGUCAUUUUGAGUGAAAAAAUUAAUUUGAAAAUUUUUUGUACUUGGGAUUAUCGCAAAUUUCCCUUUGAUACACAAAAGUGUGACUUUAAAUUUGGUUCAUUUAGGUUUCUUAAAGACGAAGUUGAGUUAAUUUGGGAUUUAAAACGGGUAAAAGUGGCCACAAAUCUGGUUUUUAACGAUUUUGAGGUAACCAAGAUUGAAACAAGUCUAGAAAUUGAAACUAGAAAUGAGGGUAAUUUCAGUGUUGCUGUAGCACAAUUUAGUGUGAAACGGCGGUCAGAACCCUAUAUUUUUUGCAUUUUUUUACCCCUAAAUUUACUCAAUUUUUUGUCGUUUUGUGUCAAUAAGAAUUUAGUUUUUUUCAAUGUAACAAUUUUAAUUUUUGUGUUAAUUUCGUAUAGUGCCACACACCCGACGCCAUAUUUGAAAACAAGCGACAUUUUUAUUUCGAUUUGUGCUUGUUUUUCCUUGAUACUUCUCGUGGAAACACUUAUUACGUCACUGAACGACUUUCAGUAUUCCACGAAUCAAAUGUGGGUCAGGAAAUGGUUUUACCCAAUUUUUUACAUUUUUGUAAUGUCACUGUAUGUAUUUUUGUAAUAAAAGUUUGAGGGUCA